AUGGCUCCUUCAAAAACGCAGCUGCUGGGUUGCUUCAUAGGAAGUAAUCUUGUCGCCCUGGGCGCAGGAACGCCCUAUUUGUUCAGUUUCUAUGCUCCUCAACUCCUGGAAAGAUGCAAGAUUCCAAUUUCACAGUCAAGUACGUUGUCAUUCUCCAUGACAAUCGGAUCGGGUGCUCUUGGGUUUCUGGCUGGUAUAAUCAUAGACAAAAACCCCCAGGCGUCAUGCGGCUUGGGGGCCUUUUGCACAUUUUUAGCCUAUGGGAUUCUCAGAUGGUGCUACAUACGAGGGGAAUCUAGUCUCUGGAUAAUAUCAGUGGCUUUGGUUUUGGUGGGUUUUGGAUCUGUUUCCGGCUUCUACGCGUCAGUGAAAUGCUGCACAACCAAUUUUCCCAAGCACAGGGGCACAGCAGGAGCAUUUCCCGUGUCACUCUACGCACUGGCGGGACUCUUGUAUUCUUCUAUAUGUGCGUGGCUAUUUCAAGAUCGCGUGGAUGAGGUCUUCACCUUUUUAAUGGUGGUGUGUUCGUGCUUGAUCUUGGUAGGAUGUUUUACUCUGCGAAUUCUGGUCACUCAUAGAAAAAUCCAUAAGCGAGCCAACUCAUCGGUGUCUUCCGAAGGAAGCUCGUCAUUGAAUUUGGCCCUUGCAGAUGCCGCCUCAAAUGCAAGUCAACUUCCACAACCGAUUAACAUCAGCGGCUCGCGUUCCUCAAAACGUGACUCUAGAGACUCCUUUGGUAACUAUCGGUCGCUAAUGAAGCGUUCAAUGUCGAGAAUUUCGAAUUCAGAUGACUCUCUUCUUUCAUUUGGAUCGGUUAACAAGAACAACAACUCAUACGUCUGGGCCAAAGAAUUACCGGGAUCUUUGUCGUUUUGGGGUUGGGGUAAAGCCAGACCAUCAGAUUCCAAUAUUUCGUUUUCCUCAGCUGACGGAAUUCCUAGUUCUAGCCAACAAGAUUACACUGGACCUUCUUCUGUCCCCGUUUCACUCCCAGAGACGCCAAAUCCAAGAGCUCUCGUCCAGUCUGAUAGACGAGAUUCUUUGCUUAAGCAAUCUUCUUCCACACAAGCUCCUAUAAUCCAAGAGGAAAUGGAGCCAGCAACGGAACCUUUUAUUGCUGAACAAGAAAUCAAAAAGUCUUUUCGAGACAACCAUAUCUAUCAAACAGUUACGCAACCAAAGUUCAUGGCAUACUACUUAAUAUUGGCCACAUUGCAAGGCAUUGGUCAAACUUAUAUCUACUCCGUCGGGUUCGUUGUCGAAGCUCUAGUGCACUCCAAUCCAGAUGCUAAGGUCAAUAUCAAAGCCAUUCAAUCACUGCAAGUGUCUAUUAUAUCCAUCAUGUCUUUUGCAGGAAGAAUUUGUUCCGGCCCUGUUUCAGAUUUACUGGUUAAAAGACUAAGGGCCCAAAGAGAAUGGUGCAUUUUAGUGGCGUGUGCUUUGAUGUUUUAUGGCUCCCAACAACUAAUCUCGGAUAUAUCUUCUGUGACCAAAUCCGAGAGCACACAGAACAUUUUCUUUAUCAAAAACGUUUCAAUAACCUCAUUCAUAUUUGGAUUUGCUUUUGGAAUAACAUUUGGAACCUUUCCUGCAAUAAUUGCAGAUCAGUUUGGAACGGAGGGGUUUAGUACUAUUUGGGGUCUUUGCACUACCGGUGGCAUUAUAAGUGUCAAACUGUUUUCAGCACUGUUCGCAAACGAUCUUUCAGAGAACACCAGCCCAAACGAUUCUGUGUGCGACAAGGGCUCCCUCUGCUACUCCUAUACAUUCGAUAUUGUAAAGAAAUUUGCCAUCCUUGUGGCACUGAUGAAUCUUGUUUUGAUCACAAUAAGGUAUUACAAGAAAACUAUGAAAGCAAGACAGUUGAAACAUAACGGUGUUUUCAUAUUAGAUGAAGAUGACGACUCUUUAGAAGAGUGA